AUGGCGUCUGACAGAAUGGGAGCUCGAAAGGCUCACAGGAGUUCAGAAGGCUCUCACAUCCCUCCGAGCCAUUACCACCGCUCCGGCACCUCAUCCACAGCCGCUUCUGCCUCCGAAAUCGCCGCUGCUGCUUCCAGGAAAGCCGACCGCGACACUGCCCACCGCUCCGCGCCUGCUGCCCCGAAGCAGCACCCGUUCCACUAUACCGUCCACCUAGACAACCCGGACCCGAAUCUGAACCUGACUCCCCAGCCAGCCUUCGAGCAACCGGCCAACUACCGCGACUCCAUCAUCUCCAUUGUUGACGACCCAUUCUUCCAACGCUUCGACGACUAUUCCACGGAAGGGGGGGCACUUGGGUUCGAGCCGCAUCGGGCUUCCACAAUUGACGACGCCGACGCCGACGCCGAAGACGAAGACGAACAAGACAACGACGACGAAGUAGUAGGCGCCACACAAAAAUACGAAAUUCAACAAGAAUUCGAUUUUGAUUUCGAUUUUGGCUAUUUUGAGCUACGCGAUGACGACACCCCCAACGAGCGCUGGCCGCCCCCAAGAAGAGAGUCGUUGAUAAUAGGGCCUUCCUUGUCCUGGGUAAUGCCCCACCAAACACAGACUGCGGGGUAG